GCGUAAGCAUCCACGGUUUCGCUAAACAUGCCGUCGUAUUAUCCAAGAAUCACCUCAUCUAUUCUGUCCGACAAGCAAUCAACAUCUCGUCCAGCGUCACCUCUCGUCUGAUUUUCCUCAAACAAAUUCAGAUGGCAUUCUUUUUUCCCCUCUCGCCGCAUCGCGUUUCGAUCCGUGGCAGAAGCUCAAUAAAAAUCGCUCGCUUCGACCCAAUGGCGAAUUGUUCAACCGACGUGUCAUAGGAUAUAACCUCUCGAAAGAAAGAGACCGAUCGAGCGAGCGAGGAGAAGAGCGAGGGGCAGAGGUUUCUGCAGCCGCUUGUCCGCUCCAACCCAAGAACCGGGGCGGGCGGAUCGGCCAUGGCGCCGCCGCUGCGGGAGGAGGAGGGCGGCGAUUCGGCGGCCGUGGAGGCGUCGGCGCUGCGGGCGCCGGCGCACGUGAUGGCGCGGGUGUUCUCGCAGCUGGACUGCGUCGAUCUCCUCAGCUGCUCCCUCGUCUGCAAGCAAUGGUACCGCGAUUCUGCAGAGCUUAGGGAGGAGUGGAGGAAGGAGUACUUGGAUGCUUGGAACCAGUUCGGAUUGUCCGUGACGCGUGAGCCGCAACCACUAUGCCCUACUUGUUCACUCAGAAGCCUGCGUAGUCUGUGCCCUUGACCUGGACUUGCUCUCCUGUCAUUUUUAACCAGGCAGAAAGCAGCAAUAGAUUUACUGUUCAUGCCAUUGUUACAAGAUCAUGUAUAUGGCAAUCAAAACUGUUGUGUUGUUACAUGGUGUAUAAUUACCAAUGUGCAAAUGUAAAUAUUUGGUGAGUGAGGUGUUGUAGGAGUACCCCCACAUUAUGCAAGAACCUUCCAUCGGGGUUUUGGGAUUUGCAGGUGCUAGAGUUUGCACGUUAUGUGCUUUGCACUUGUGUGGAGGUUUUAGUUCCUUGGAAGUGAGGAAAAACAAAUCCAA